ACAUAUUUAGUGAAUGACACAUUUUGCUAAUCGUAUCUCCUACAAUCUCUGAAAUAAAUUGUUAUAUUUUUUUAAAUAAUGGUGGAUCGCUUAGUGAAUAGUGAGGCAAAUGCAAGACGAAUUGCUAUGGUGGAAAACUGCUUCGGCGGUUCAGGGCAGCCACUUGCAGAGCAAGGUCGCGUCCUUGUGGGCGAGGGUGUCCUGACAAAGAUGUGUCGUAAAAAGCCAAAAGCUCGACAGUUCUUCCUUUUCAACGAUAUACUCGUUUACGGAAAUAUUGUCAUAAACAAAAAGAAAUACAAUAAGCAACAUGUCAUACCGUUGGAAGAAGUUAAGCUGGAGUCACUAAAAGAUGAAGGACAAUACAGAAACGGCUGGCUGAUCUGCACGGCGUCCAAGUCGUUCGCAGUGUACGCCGCGACGGCCACAGAGAAGGAGGAAUGGAUGGCGCACAUAGAGAAAUGUAUAGAGGAUCUUCUGAGGAAGAGUGGCAAACAACCGCCGUCGGAGCACGCAGCCGUAUGGGUGCCUGACAACGAGGCGUCCAUCUGCAUGCACUGCAAGAAGACACAGUUCACCGUCCUCAACAGGAGGCACCACUGCCGCAAGUGCGGCUCAGUAGUGUGCGGGCCGUGCUCGUCGAAGCGCUUCGUGCUGCGCGGCCAGAGCGAGAAGCCGCUGCGCGUGUGCCUGCAGUGCUACGACGAACUCAACCGCGAGCGCGCGCGCCCGCCCAACGCGCCCGCGCCGCCCGCCGCCAUGCCAGGUAGAUAUUAUUUCGACAACGCCGGCUCGGGCGGUGACUCGUCCGCCGACGACGACAGCGACGACGACGACGACAGGCCCAGCGCGGAGGAGAAACACGACGAGCCAAAGUUCUACGGUGACGGUGAUAAGACUGAAGAGACCAACAACCAUUCGUCCAAGGAGUCGGCCAAGUGAGGCGCGAACACCCGCUGUCCAAUACAGGUCUAAUAUAGGGAUUGUAUAACUUUAUACAACUUUUUCGAUAAUGUUUUAGGCGUUAUACAGCGUGUAUAAGUCCACGAAGUGCAUAGAGAUCACGAAUAAAGAACUAUACAGGGUUUCUUAAUCAGUGCUUAUAAUUACCGAAACUUCAAUGGUACAAUAUUAUUAGGUACUUUUUUGUCCAAUCUACGUCCUAAACUAAAAGUAGCAUAAAUUGUACCAUGGUGUUCUGUUGUAUACAACCAAAAUUCUGAACACUUUAGUUCUGAGAUUUACGAAUAUAAAGAUAUCUUUUGUGUCUUUUAACUUUGCAGGGAAACUAAAAAAAUAUCUCGAAUUUAUAAAGGCCUUGAAAUAAUAUUGCUAGACUAAGAAACCCUGUAUAGAUGAAUAUAAGAAGUCAUCUAAAUAUUUAUGAUCAGGUCAAAUUAUCUAACUUAUUAAUGAUUUUAUUUUAACUUGGCAUAAGUGGUUCCUGUUUUUUGUGCACUUCCUCGAUGGCACUCUGUUAUUGUUUAUAUUAUUUCUAACCAACACUCACCACGAAUGCCUUCUAAAACUUUUUUUACUCUAUUUAGAAACGUACUAGGUUUUUAAAUCCACGAUUUUAGUAAAAUAAAACCUAAUUUUGGGCAGACUUUGCGGUAAUCGCGAGUAUCCUUUGGGUAUGGUUUGCAGACAGCUUUAAAUACGCUCAAACGUAAACCGAGGGCUUUGAUUUUUCUUUUCGUAUUUUGUUUUGGGCCGUCCUCUGUGCUGAGCGAUAUCUUGCGAUGGCCACACUUUGUUAUAAAGCUAAGAACUCAUAGAGUGGUUUUCAUCCACAGCUGUUAUUUAAAACACCGCCGGUUUUUUCCCUAAAUAAGUAUCAGAUAUGUGAUGCGUGCAGUGGAAAUAGCUUGUGUCGUAGUAAUAUUGCGUGCUAUUAUUUAAUUGAGCACACAAAUCUAUAUUAUACUGAGACCUUGUGAGCUCUUAGCCUUAUAAUCACAGUCUACAGUUCUAUUAUCAUUGCUUCCCAUCGCUGAGGUUUCUGCUCAACACAGCGGUCGUCCUAAAAGGUAUUUAUUACUUGAACACCAUCAUGGUUCUAAUCGAUGUUUUAACAAUAUUAUAUAAGCUUAGUUUUAAUGUUAUGUCAAUACAUAUUUAAUAUUUACAUGAGUUAGCAUAUUUUUAUUAUAAACUUUAUCGUAGUUUCUAUUUUGCUAUUUCAAUUGUUGAAUAUUGCGGAUUGAUUUACAUUAAGGAUAAACUAUCUUGGGAAUGCAAUAUCAUUGAGGUAAAUGCAGAAUAUUUAUUUGAAGUUUCUUAAUCAUAUUAUGAUUAUCAUAUCUGAUAAAAACAUCUAUCAAUCGUCCGUGUCAGUAUAAAAAUUUAAGAAAACAUAGCAGCAAAAACAGUUUUAAGAAUGAAUCACCUGUUAAGAAACAACGCAUUUAAGACAAUAUUGUUAGCCAUCCAUAGGAGUUCAAAAGAGUCGAAAUUAUUCAAACCAGUCUUUAAUUUUGGAAAUCGAAAUAUCUUUCUUUAAAAAAGUAUCUUCAGUAAGUACAUUCGCAGGGGGCAGGAUAACCCUAUUACAAAAUGACGAAUUACUCCAAUGGGUUUUGAUCCUAAUUAAUUUAGUGCUAGAUUGAAAUUUUGGUUUAUUUGGUUGCGGGCAGUAUACGAACGGGUUGUGAUAUUACAUUUCCAAGUGGCUCUAAUUAUCAUUUGUAACAAAUUUUGUAAACAAACGCUGAGUAAGCAUUGUAUAUGUAUAUUAGAAAUUUAGUUAUAAGUGGUGCAUAACGGCGAUUUGUUUCGUUUGAAACAAAAUUUUAAUUUAUAAGUAAUUUUAUUAUAGGUAGCUUGUUCGCGGAUCAUCUAUAUUGUUUACAGUCGGCUCUGUAUGUCUCGUUUUAUUUAUAAAAUGAUAACUUAGGCCUAAAAUAUAACACGUUACGAUAUGUACUGUUUCUGUUAAUUUCCAAAAUAUUGCUAAGCUAAAUAUGUUAAGAUAUUGUUUAAUGUUCAGUUGACAAAUAUACAAUAAUAUUUUUUAAAACGUA